CCUACAAAAUGCCGUUACGUUUGUAGUUUUGAUUUUUUAAACUGUUACAACAGUUGAUUAAGCGCGUGCCAGGUUCCAGGAAUCCAAUAAACACUGUGCACUUUGUGAAUCAAUUAGAUAUGAAUAAUUUCUCAGCAUUGCGCGCUGAUACGUUAUCUUAUAAGAAGUGAUUCCGGUUCAGUGGGAAGGUUUGAACUGCUCUCUGGAAAGUGACCAUUGUUGUAAUCAGGUCGAAGCUGUUAUCAUUUCUACUUGCUGAGUUUCUUAGUUUUUUUACGGGUUUACAGCAAGAAAACAGCGCAAUCUUUUCAGAGUGUCAUGAAAGAAAUGUCCAGCACCAUGCCUGGCGGGCAGCAGCCUCAGAAACACUACGGCAUCACCUCUGCCAUUAGCCUGGCACCCCCACGAGAAAUAGACAACCAGUACACCAAGAAGCUCUGUGACGCUAUGAAGCCUUUUGGGGUGUUUGAAGACGAAGAGGAAUUGAACCAUAGACUUGCAGUUCUCGGGAAGUUGAAUAACUUUGUGAAAGAAUGGAUCUCAGAGAUUAGUGAAUUGAAGAACCUCCCACCAUCAGCUAUAAGCUGCGUCGGGGGCAAGAUAUUUACAUUUGGUUCGUACAGACUUGGAGUGCACACAAAAGGAGCUGAUAUUGAUGCCCUAUGUGUGGCCCCACGCCAUGUAGAGAGAAGUGACUUUUUCCAGUCUUUCUUUGAGAAAUUCAAACAGCACGAAGAAAUCAAAGACCUGAGGGCUGUGGAGGAUGCCUUUGUCCCAGUGAUCAAAUUCAAAUUUGAUGGAAUAGAGAUUGACCUGCUUUUUGCCAGACUGGCCUUACAGUCCAUUCCAGACAACUUGGACCUGAGGGGAGACUCCAUCCUGAGAAACCUGGACAUUCGGUGUAUCCGCAGUCUUAACGGUUGUCGUGUGACUGACGAAAUUCUGUACCUGGUGCCAAACAAAGAGAAUUUCAGACUGACAUUGAGAGCCAUCAAACUGUGGGCAAAACGCCGUGGGAUCUACUCCAACAUGCUGGGCUUUCUUGGUGGAGUGUCUUGGGCCAUGCUGGUGGCCAGGACCUGCCAGCUCUACCCUAACGCUGUGGCUGCCACGCUGGUCCACAAGUUCUUCCUGGUGUUUUCCAAAUGGGAGUGGCCGAAUCCUGUGCUGUUGAAACAGCCCGAGGACAGUAAUCUGAAUUUACCUGUGUGGGAUCCCAGAGUCAACCCAUCCGACAGAUACCACCUGAUGCCCAUAAUCACCCCCGCCUACCCCCAGCAGAACUCUACGUACAACGUCUCCUCGUCAACGCGCACCAUCAUGAGCGAAGAGUUCAAAUACGGCCUCAGCGUCACAGAUGAGAUUCUUCAGGGAAAGGCAGAGUGGUCCAAACUCUUUGAGCCGCCCAACUUUUUCCAAAAGUACAAGCAUUACAUUGUUCUGACCGCAAGCGCUUCCACAGAAGAAAACCACUUGGAAUGGAUCGGCCUGGUGGAGUCAAAAAUCCGUGUUCUGGUGGGAAACCUGGAGAGGAAUGAGUACAUCACCUUGGCUCAUGUCAACCCCCAGUCCUUCCCCGGAUCCAAAGAGAACCGCAACGAGAACGACUUUGUGUCCAUGUGGUUCAUUGGGAUCAUCUUCAAGAAAGUGGAGAACGCGGAGAGUGUGAACAUUGACCUGACCUAUGACAUCCAGUCCUUCACAGACACUGUGUACAGACAAGCCAACAACAUCAACAUGCUGAAGGACGGGAUGAAGAUCGAGGCGACGCACGUGAAGAAGAAACAGCUCCAUCAGUACCUUCCUCCUGAACUAGUGCAGAAGAAGAAGAGGAGCAUAGCGGAGUUGAACCGUAGCUCCAACGGGGGGAGCUCCAAGCGGAUCUCUCUGGACAACAGUCACCUGGACAGCUCCAGAGACACAGAUUCAGGGACUCCCUUUAACUCCCCACCCAGCAAACCCUCGAAGCCCACGUCCGACACAGAGGACAGCGUCAGUCCUCCAAAGCAACUUUUCAUAGAAGGCUCCCCAUCAUCAGCAGCAACAACAACAACAUCUGCUGCUGCUGCUACAGCUGCUGCAGACCAAGGCAUAUCCAUCACGGUUAUUGGAUCUGACUCUGCGGUCAAAGCGAAACCCGACUCCCCCCCGCCGGCCAGCAGCAGCGCCAUCGCAGACGUGCAGCCCAACGCUGCAAGCAGCCCCAGAGAGGAGCCCAACGGCCUGGAGGACCCGGUCAACGGCGCUCCUGCCAAGAGACCGCUCUCGCCCCCGCAAGAGGACCUGGCCAAGAGGCACAAAGAGGCCGAGGUGUCAAAUGAUGACUCUGCAUUUAAAGAGCCAUAUCCACCGUCUUCUGAGUCCUGCACACAUGGAGAAGGACCCAAUAUUACCCCCCUUUCUGGUUCGAAGGCUAAGCCAAUUCCAACCAUCGAUACCUCAAGAACACAGAGACUUCCCAGCAUGGAGCUGCCAGACGCCUCAUCGCCUCUCCCAGCCAGUACAAGCUGCCGCGUCGUGAAAAAUUCCAUUAAACUGGCCCUCAACCGCCCCAACAUCACACCUCCCAAGCCCCCAGUGUUUGAGAGCACCCUUGUCACCGACGCUCCUCCUCCUGCCAGUGAAGAAAAGGGCAUGUCCAUUCCCGUCAUUGGCUCAAAGCACGUGACGCCCAAGCAAGUGGUGCCCCCUGUCGGCAGCUCCAUCCCCACGUUGGUGAGCCGAGGAGCCGACCCGCUGAACGGAGCGACCGCCAAGAGAUCCCACUCCCCCUCUCUGGAGGAGCAAGCCAAGAGGCUGAAAGAAACAGAAAAGGCCAGAAUUCACAUAGUUUGAACACACAAAUACAGACUCUGAUUUAUACAUACGUAGAGUUGGGGGCUUCAUAGUUAAGUCGAUACACCUGAGACUUUGGGGUUGGUGGGGGAGGAGAAGAGUGUGUUUCAGGUCUGUCAAGUGUGAAGCAGCAGGAUGGAUACCUCGCCCUUAAAUCUUUAGAGUACAGUUUUGCCAGUGGAUAGGUGAUUUGGUCAAACCGGUUGUUGUGAGGCCGGAUGUCUUGAACACAACUGUCACGGAGAUAUCCGACACCAGAACUAAUCUGUUUUCUUUGUGUUUUUUUGUUUUUUUACUCUUCACCCUGAGUGUUUAAACGUUGUAUACAGUGCAGAUGGAAAAGGUGCUGUUUCGUUUCUCCCCCGUCCCACGCCCCAGUUAACAUGUUUUAAAACAGCUCGGAACAUUUAUCGACCCGCUUGUUAGACAUACUUCUGUUUGUAUGUUGUUUUCUGUUUCUUUUCUUUUCUCCCAAACAGAAACCUGUACAGUAAAUGUUGAUGUACAUACCUUUUUUUGUCUUUAAAAAAAGAAGCAAAGGAUCACUAAGUCUUUUGACCGUUCUAUCGUAGUUUUAUCGAAAAAGGAAAAAAGUGGGAAAAAAACAUUGUAAUUUUUCUUUUCUCUAUUUCUUGUCCACCCCCCAAAAAAGUUUCCAGCCCGGGAUAUUUUUUGUAAAACACUGUAUAGGUUUGGAUACAGUUUGCAGGGAGGCUUUAUUGAGGGGUUCACUCGGAUACGACGGAAACCACAGCUAUGACUCUUUGGACCACCCAAGAGCUCCAGGUUGGUAUCGGACCUGGUGGUGCCCAGGUGAUCAGACGCCCGGUGACAUCAGUGCUUCUCAGGUGCCGGUAAGUGCAAAAAAAGAAGAAAAAGUAAUCCUUUACGGUAACGCUGACGCUUUUCAGUCGCUCCUGUGGUUGGCACGGAGAACAAAGGGGACCAUAUCUGUCAUGCCCACACUAAUCCCUCUUGUUCAGUGUGGCUUUGGGGUCACAAGUGUCACACCUACUAUGUCUUGGAUUAAAAGAAAAGGUUACAUUUUGCUGCUUGCUUUUCCUGGUGUGUUCGAGGCCCUAGAUGUCCAGAUGGUGAGCGAGCGCCGGACAGUUUAGGCGGCAAGAAAAAUGUUUGAAUAUCGAUUUUGUGUACGUACCUGUGAUUGUGCGACGCCUGAAGUGGAUUUUGUGGUUCAUUUGGAGGGCAAAAACAAACGACAACAAAAAAGCAUUUGUGCUAAAUACCGUUUGACCCCCACUCCCCCCUCUGGUCUGUUAAAGCGAAGUCCUGGUUGAGUUUGCGGUGCUUUUGUGUAAAAACGCAAAAUGGUUUGAAGCUUUUUGACGAAUUGUGCUGGUUCAUGCGUGUGUGUUCAUACGUAUGUUGUUGAACGCGUGUCUGAGAGGGAGCGUGCGCCCAUAGAUUGGUUGUGUUCAUGUGCGAGAAAGAGAGAGAGAUGGAAUUCCCUUAGUUUUAGGGUGUUGACCCUCCGCGCCUCCUGUGGAGGUUCUUAAAAAGCAUCUCCCGGUGGUGGUGAGGGUAGUCAGGAGACAACGCUUUAUCCAACCUUCCAUCUUUAAGGUCUGAAACUCGGCGACAGUUUGUUUUUGAUUUUCAGCGCAGAAGAAAAUAUGUAUACAGCAAAGUGUAAAGUGAUGCUGAGGAGGUGCCGUCUCCUUCGGAGCAGGCAGAGGGGCGCAGGGACACAGGCUCUUUUUUCAGCAUCAGUUGCCCCAAAUAAAUGUACAGAGAACCGUUUUCUUUUUGUUUUCUCCCCCAAAAGGCAUAUUCUUCAUUUUCGGGGGGUUUCUUAUCACUUUAUUUAUAUUUGCAUAUUUGUACCAUGUGUUUCUUUUUUUCUUUUUCUUUUUUUUAAAUAGCAUUCAUAGCAGGUAGGUCUCUUUUUAAUGAAAUCUGCACCACUCUGUUUCAGAACGACUUGUGUUUUGCUGUUUGGAAACAUUUAACAAAGCAGGUCAUUUAGAUGUUUGUUUCUAAAAAUGUAUUGAAAGGGUAUUUUUGUAUGUGUUUAUCACUUCCUUUAAAUGAGUCCGUACACCCAUUAAACCCCUAAAAACUA